CUGCCCAGCUCUCGCGUGCGCCAUGUCUGGUCCUUCCAGCGUCGCUGCUAUGAAGAAAGUGGUUCAACAGAUCCGGCUGGAGGCCGGGCUCAACCCUGUGAAGGUUUCCCAGGCAGCUGCAGAUUUGAAACAAUUCUGUCUGCAGAAUGCUCAACAUGACCCACUGCUGACUGGAGUAUCUUCAGAUCCCUUCAGACCCCAGAAAGUCUGUUCCUUUUUGUAGUAAAGUGAAUCUUUGCAAGGUUUUCUAAACCACUUUUCAUAAACCGGUGAAUAUUCAAAGGAAAGCUGAAUUUGAAGUCAGUACAAAAGCCUGUCUCUAUAACACGUGCCAUGCUAUACAAACUUGUAUUUUUGUCAGUCCUUAAUAUCUACCUCUCGGAAUAUUCAUGAAUUUCUGUUUCACAAGGGUAAUUGUUUUACAUACACUGGCAGCACCGUACAAUAAAAUACUUAGUA